AUGGCUUCUACGACGUCGUUUUCUCUUUCUCACACAGUUCGAAUUUCAUCUCACAGAAACCAUGCUCGGUGCUCUUCUCACCCUCGCCAUGUUUCCCUCUCUUUCUCUGCUAAACCAGUUUCCCUCAGAUCAUCGUUUUCGUUCAAUCGAAGACAUUCUCUUGGAAAUGGAUUUUGUAGAACUCAAUCGAAGUCUUCGCGUUUCUCUGUUCGCUGUGAAGCUUCAACUGGAAAUGGAAGGAUUACACAGCAAGAGUUCACAGAGAUGGCUUGGCAGGCGAUAGUUUCGUCGCCGGAGGUGGCUAAAGAGAACAAGCAUCAGAUUGUGGAGACAGAGCACCUGAUGAAGGCUUUGUUGGAGCAGAAGAAUGGACUUGCUCGCAGGAUCUUUUCCAAGGUUGGGGUGGAUAAUACUCAGCUUCUCGAAGCUACUGACAAGUACAUUCAGCGGCAACCCAAGAUUGUAGGGGAAUCUGCUGGUUCAAUGUUGGGGCGCGAUUUAGAGGCAUUGGUUCAGAGAGCCAGGGACUUCAAGAAAGAUUAUGGGGAUUCAUUUGUUUCAGUUGAACACUUGGUUCUAGGUUUUAUCCAGGAUCAACGAUUUGGGAAGCAACUCUUUAAAGAUUUUCAAAUAUCUAAGCAGGUUCUAAAAUCUGCAGUCGAGUCCAUUAGGGGACACCAGUCAGUAAUUGAUCAAGAUCCUGAAGGAAAGUAUGAAGCACUGGAAAAAUAUGGAAAAGACCUGACAGCAAUGGCAAAAGCAGGAAAACUUGAUCCAGUUAUAGGAAGAGAUGAUGAAAUACGCAGGUGCAUCCAAAUUCUCUCUAGGAGAACAAAGAACAAUCCUGUGCUGAUUGGUGAGCCUGGUGUUGGGAAGACUGCAAUUUCUGAAGGACUUGCUCAGAGAAUCGUGCAAGGAGAUGUUCCUCAAGCUUUGAUGAACCGUAGGCUUAUCUCACUUGAUAUGGGUGCACUUAUUGCUGGAGCAAAAUACCGGGGAGAAUUCGAAGAUAGGUUGAAAGCUGUUCUUAAAGAAGUAACAGAAUCUGAUGGUCAAACUAUCCUUUUCAUUGAUGAGAUUCAUACUGUUGUUGGAGCAGGUGCUACAAAUGGUGCCAUGGAUGCUGGUAACCUCUUAAAGCCUAUGCUUGGUAGAGGGGAGCUGCGGUGUAUUGGUGCGACAACACUUGAUGAGUAUCGGAAGUAUAUCGAAAAGGACCCUGCACUAGAACGUCGUUUCCAGCAAGUAUAUGUUGAUCAACCUACUGUUGAAGAUACAGUUUCAAUACUAAGGGGGCUGCGAGAAAGGUAUGAGCUGCAUCAUGGAGUCCGGAUUUCUGACGGUGCACUUGUGGAUGCUGCAAUUCUCUCAGAUCGAUAUAUCAGUGGGAGAUUUUUGCCUGACAAAGCUAUUGAUUUGGUUGAUGAGGCAGCUGCGAAACUGAAAAUGGAAAUCACUUCAAAACCUACUGUACUUGAUGAAAUUAAUCGUUCAGUCCUGAAACUAGAGAUGGAGAGACUCUCUCUUACGAAUGAUACAGACAAGGCUUCUAAAGAUAGGCUAAAUCGUCUGGAGGCAGAGCUCUCUCUCUUAAAAGAUAAACAAGCUGAGCUGACUGAACAAUGGGAGCACGAAAAGACUGUAAUGACUCGGAUUCAAUCAAUCAAAGAAGAGAUAGACAGGGUGAAUCUUGAGAUCAACCAGGCUGAGCGGGAGUAUGAUCUAAACCGUGCGGCUGAAUUGAAAUAUGGUAGCCUGAAUUCCUUGCAACAACAACUUGAGAGUGCAGAGAAGGAGUUGAAUGAAUAUAUGAACUCCGGGAAGUCUAUGCUGAGAGAGGAAGUUACUGGAAGUGAUAUUGCUGAAAUUGUAAGCAAGUGGACCGGCAUUCCUGUUUCAAAACUUCAACAAUCAGAGAGGGAGAAGUUAUUGUAUUUAGAGGAAGUGCUUCAUAAGCGUGUUGUAGGUCAAGAUCCUGCUGUGAAGGCAGUAGCUGAGGCUAUCCAACGUUCAAGAGCAGGUCUUUCAGAUCCACACCGUCCGAUUGCUAGCUUCAUGUUUAUGGGACCUACAGGUGUAGGAAAGACUGAGCUGGCUAAGACACUAGCUUCCUACAUGUUUAAUACAGAAGAAGCACUUGUAAGAAUUGAUAUGAGUGAAUACAUGGAAAAGCAUGCAGUUUCAAGAUUGAUUGGGGCACCACCUGGAUAUGUUGGGUACGAAGAAGGAGGGCAGCUUACUGAGACAGUUCGCCGUAGACCUUACGCUGUUAUUUUAUUUGAUGAGAUUGAGAAAGCACACUCGGAUGUCUUCAAUGUUUUCCUUCAAAUUUUGGAUGAUGGAAGAGUAACCGACUCACAAGGUCGAACAGUGAGUUUUACCAACACUGUCAUCAUUAUGACCUCAAAUGUUGGAUCACAGUACAUUCUAAACACAGAUGACGACACUGCGCCUAAAGAGUUGGCUUAUGAAACCAUAAAGCAGAGGGUAAUGGACACCGCAAGAUCCAUAUUUCGCCCUGAGUUCAUGAAUAGAGUUGAUGAAUAUAUUGUUUUCCAGCCUCUCGACCGUGAACAAAUAAAUAGCAUUGUCAGGAUACAGUUGGAACGUGUGCAGAACAGAAUAGCAGACCGGAAGAUGAAAAUCCGUGUGACAGAUGCUGCCAUCCAACUACUGGGAAGCUUAGGGUAUGAUCCUAGCUAUGGAGCUAGGCCAGUCAAGAGAGUGAUUCAGCAAAAUGUGGAGAAUGAGCUUGCUAAGGGUAUUCUGAGAGGAGAGUUUAAGGAUGAGGACACAAUUUUAGUAGACACGGAGAUUUCGUCAUUUUCCAACAAUCAACUUCCACAGCAAAAGCUAGUUUUUAGGAAGAUUGAAGCUAACUCACAAUCUUCGCCACAAGAAAGCAUGGAACACGCUCAACAAACUUCCUGA